AUGUCUGCUUCCUCCUCGGACCUCCUCCUGCUCCUCCGCCUCCUCCUCUGAAUCACGGACAGACACCAUCAUGAAGCGUCUCUCCAUCCUCUGAUCCGCGUUGGCGCUUCAGCUGCGGACUCCGGGACACCUGAUCACCUGCAGCCCGCUGAGCAGAGGCCGCCAGCGGGCUGGUUUUCUCGGACUCGUCCGUCCUUCAUCAUCGUCCUCAUCAUCAGCAGACAUGUUGUUCAGGCCGGAUUCAUGACGCUGCGACACGGCCGCGUUUAUGUGAGUCCUCAUGGAUGAAAGGAGCCAGAGGAGCGGCUAGAAUGACGCCCAGCACCUCCUCUCUGACCCAGCAGUACAGCGAUGGUGUAUGCCCAGUCCUCAAACACAGUUGGUGUCAAUCCCUCCAUCUACUUGCCAUCUUUCAUGUAUCAGAUGUCAUUUAACUACUCCAAGAGAGAAAACUUAACUGUCCUGGCAACCUUACCCACAGCUCCACUCUGCAGCCUCGAGGGCACGUUCUCCGGCCAGCGAAAUACGACCUCUGCCCCUGAUGAGCUGACUUCAGGUGAGGUUGCCAUCCUAGGCUUGGUGUUUGGGGUUCUAUGGCUGGUCUCCAUCUUGGGAAAUGCCCUUGUCUGCCUGGUCAUCCACCGAAGCCGACGGACUCAGUCCACCACCAACUACUUUGUGGUGUCUAUGGCCUGCGCGGACCUGCUCAUGAGCCUCGGUUGUGCCCCAUUCAUCCUCUUGCAGGUUGCCUCUGGACGAUGGCCAAUGAGCGCAGCAGCUUGCAAGGCUGUGCGCUAUCUACAGCACCUCUGCCCAGGUGUGCAGGUCUAUGUCCUGCUUUCCAUCUCAAUAGAUCGCUUCUACACAAUCGUCUACCCCCUCAGCUUCAAGGUGUCCAGAGAAAAGGCAAAGAAGAUGAUUCUGGCCUCGUGGCUGUUUGAUGCAGCCUUUGCCUCUCCCUGCCUCUUCUUCUAUGGAUCUACAUCUACAGACAGUCAUUGUGACUUUUUCCUUCCUGAGAGCUGGGGCAGUAUAGUCUACGCAGCAGUUCAUCUUCUCAUUGGUCUUCUGGUCCCGGUUGGAUUGAUAAUAUCAUUCUACCAGCGGGUGGUCCGGUACAUCUGGAGGAUCAGUGCUGAUGGCCACACAGUGCGGCGGACAAUGAACAUCGUCCCACGGACUAAAGUCAAGACCAUCAAGAUGUUCCUUAUGCUCAAUUCUGUUUUCUUCCUCACCUGGACCCCCUUCUAUCUCGCCCAACUGUGGCACCCGAGGGAGUCUGAUGUACCCAGCAGGCAGGGACUGCUUUUCUUCACAGCCAUCACCUGGAUCUCCUUCAGCUCCACAGCGUCCAAACCCACCCUGUACUCUGUCUACAAUGCAAACUUCAGACGUGGCAUGCGGGAGACCUUCUGCAUGUCAUCCAUGAAAUGCUAUCGCAGUAAUGCGUACACCAUCACCGCGAGCUCCCGCAUGGCCAAAAAGAACUACGUAGGGGUGGUGGACAUCCCAGUGCAAGCAAAGAUGGUGACUAAGGACUCAGUCUAUGACACAUUUGACCGAGAAGCUAAAGAAAAGAAGGUAGCUUGGCCCACUAAUGCCAACCCUCCAAAUACAUUUGUGUGAAUGAGCUUGGGCAGCUUAUAAAAAUAAACUUGUCUGAAAUAGCACAAUGCCAGUGGAGGCAGGUGAGCUAGCCACAGGCUAACAUGCUAGCACUGUAUUUAACUUUACAGAAUGUGUUCAGAUUGUAUAAAGGGCUUUCUUUCUGAUGUAUCAAACCUUCUAGCAGCCAUAUUGGUGAUUUUUAUACUUCAGAUUUGAAUCAGAAUUCUGUGCUGUGUUUUGAUGGAUCUUUCUCCAUGGAUAUAUCACCUUUUGUGUUUUGAUGUCAACUUGUUGGCUAGCUAACAUUUUGUGUGGUCAUCUAUCAUAAAACUCUUGUAACUGCAUCUGGUUUGCUACAGGAAUGUACGUGGUAGAAGCUAAUGUUAGUAAAAGCUAAUAUGUUAAUAAUAUCAUCUGCUUUGUUACCAUGACUGUACUGACAGUGAGCUGGUUAGAUAACGAAGCCCAGCUAGUUCAGAUUAACUGGGCUGAAUCAAAGUAAAACUAAACAGACUAGAUUAUGGACCUGACAGCUGGGCGGAGGGGUUCAAGCACUGAUUGGCAUAGACUGUGUUGGGCAAUUAGGAAAAUUACCAAUUAUGGCUUCCAGAACCAUUAAGGUUUGAAAUCUAUUGAGUGCUCAAAGAUAAAUUUGUUAAAAAAUUUUACUGUUUUAUUCAGUUCACUUUCUGAUGCUGGGUCUGUUUCAGAUGCAUUUAGCAAAUGUGUAAGUGGAUGUAACAUGAUUCUGAGAAACAAAUACCUACAAUU